AUGUAUUUGAUAUUAAUUUUAGCAAUAUUUAUCGAAUAAAUUGAUUGCUUAGGAAUAGAGUUGAUAGACAAGAAGCCUAAGUGUGUUUACAUGAAUGCUAAGAAAGAUGAUUAUAUAACAAUUAAAUAUUUAGUGGUUGAAGGCGUUCCAAAGGAUGUUUAGAUAUUUUUUUUUGAUCCUUAUAAUAUUUAAUAUGAUUUUGAGAGUAAUGAACAACAACUCAAGGCGCUCUACACUGGAAAGUAUAGGAUUUGUUUUAAAAAUAAUGGAUUAAGCAAGACCUUGGUUGAGUUCGAUUUUGACAUUUUAGGAAUUGAUAAAAGUUAUGCAUCAAAGAAUGAUAUGCUAUAAACAAAGAUGAAUUUAAAUUAAAUAGAUUCAGAUUUCAGAUGGAUUUAAAUGCUCCAAAAGGAAUCAUAUCAUAGAGAAUAAACAAUCAAUACAAACUUAAUAAAUCUGUAUAAAUAAUUGACAAUUUCAAAUAUUAUUAAAGUAAUGCUGUUCAUAGUAAUAAUUUCAUUUCAAUUAUUCAUCAUAAAUUAAUUUGUUAAAUCCCAAGACAUGUAGUCUGUACCCGUUUGA